CCUAAUAGUGCACGACGAAUUCUAAAGAUGGUGUGAAACGAAAGGGAGAAGAUACCGAUAUUUAUAAGAGAGUAAAACCGAUCUCUUCUCCCCCUCCUUGCCCAACCACAACGAUAUUUUAUUCUCUACCAACGGAUUUCGCGAGUUUGCGUUCUCGACUUUCCCCACUCGCGGCCAAGUGUUUUCACUUCUUUACGAGUGUACCCGCGCUUAUGUUAGUGCCGAUUCAAACAUCGCGAGGCAAACUCGACGAUCUCGAAAGAGAGAGACAAAAAGAGAGAGAAAAGAGAGAAAUUUAUCCUUUUCUCGAUUUUGAAGUGUGAUUUUGAAAUAGUAAAAUCCAAAAAAAAAAAAAGAAAAUAAAAUAACCAAGGAGACUUUACUUGAAGAAGACAAACGAAAAAUGUGGAUCGUACGGACGAUCUUAACGUUUUGCGUGCUCGUUAUCGCGAUCACGCAAGCGAAACCUACGAUUUACAAGAGAAAUCAGGACAACGUUUUCGAACCAGUAAUGAUACCCGUAUCUUCUACCGUAAUCCCAUUGCCAGUUUAUAAGGUUGAAUAUGGAUUAGGUUUUAUAUCAAAAGAUAAGAAAGCUCAAUCCUUGUUUAAACCAGAUGGCACUGUGAAAUUAAUUACAAUUAAAAAAAGUCAAGAAAAGAAAAUCUAAUUUGGAUCGAUUACAUAAGAAAUAAAUGAUUCGUGAAGAUAAAUAUUUAAUGUAAUUUAGCGAGCUUAUUAUAAUUCUACGCAAAUUGUUGAGAUCGUUUCUAACAUAAGUUUAAAUGCUUUACACCAAAAAUUAAUUUAUCUCCAACACAUUUCUUUUUAAUAACUAAUUUUACUUUGAAUAAUGUUUUAGUAUAUAUUAUAUAUACACACAUGUACAUACUAAUGGAUUAUAUAUGACACAGUAAAAGAAAUUAUGUUUGUUUUAUUCUUAUAUUAACUAAAAUCAAAAUAGAAUCUUUGUUAAUGAUUUUUAGAUUUAUUUAUCGAACAGAGAAUGUACAAAAGCAUGUUUGUCCCUUUUACAUCCUUGUAAAUAUAAUUUCGAAUAUUUUAAAUAUCCAAUCAAUUAAAUUUUGUACACAUACAUAUGUAAGCUUACAGGGAUGUAAAAGAUACAUACUAAUGUGUGUUUCUAUCUAAUUUAGAAACCAUAUAUGACAAGUUGUUAUAUAUAAUAUCUGUUAAUUAUAUUCAAAAUAAUGUCGCAAGAAAAUCAAAAGAAACUGGAUCUGAGAUAUAAAAUAAUUUGUAUCGUGAAAAUCGUAUUUAUCAUAAUCCAUAAAUAUUUAUGUGAUACGAACAAGAUACUGUAUUUAAAAAUAAGAAAUUCUUAAUUAAUAUAAACGAUAGAUAAAUUUAACUAAAAUACAUACUGUUACGAAAUUUCCAUAGGUUCUUCGGCUGAAAAAUGAAAAAAGAUACAUACUGUUACGAAAUUUCCAUAGGUUCUUCGGCUGAAAAAUGAAAAAAAGAUAAGAAAAAUAUAGAUUAUUUCUAUUUUUGUAUAUUCAUAUUUAUAAAAAUAUAAUUGUUUUUGUUUUUCAAUAAAUAAACUUUUAAUAUUUAAGAGUA